CUUGAAAAUGAUUAUAUCCUCUGCCUUUUCCCCUUACAUGAUCUCAAAGCCCUUCUUUCAGAUUCCAAAGCAACACAGGUUGUGUUUGGCACUCAUCAUCUAUUCAGAGUAUAAUAAGGUAAGAGGAAGAAGACAUGAAACAGAGCACAUGCGACUAUUGUGGGGACUUCACUGCUCUUCUAUAUUGCAGAGCAGAUUCUGCAAAGUUAUGUUUCUUCUGUGACCGCAAAGUCCACUUCCCCAACCAGAUUUUCUCCAAGCACUCCCGCACACAGCUCUGUGAUGGCUGUGCCGAUUCCCCUGCAUCGGUGCUCUGUUAUACAGAGAACUCUGUUUUCUGCCACCACUGUGACUGCCAAAACCAUAACAACCACUUGCUGUCUCGGCAACACCAACGGAGAUCCCUUCAGGGGUUCUCUGGCUGCCCUUCUGUCACUCAGAUGUUAAUUUUUUUGGGUCUUACCGAAGAAUCUCUCCUUUCAACUGAGGGAGGAAAUUCCCAUCACGACGGCCAUUCCAAUUUGCACGUGUGGAAUGCUCCUUCUGUUUUUGGUCCUGAAGAUUUCAUUUCUUCCUCUUCUUCUUAUAAGAAUCGUAAGGGUGCGUGCGGGAGACAGAGAGAAGAAAUUGUGAGUCAGCUUGGAGAACUAAUAAAGUUGGAGGCUGACUUGAUUCGUGGAGAAGUAGAUGCUGCUGAACCACAAAAGCAAUUUGAAAAUUUGUCUACGGGUUUUGAACGUGACACAGAGACUAAUAUGUUUCCUUCAUAUGAGGCAGGUGUGUUUUGUUGGCAUGGAGAAAGCAGUGAUCGUGCAAAUCAAAUUGUUCCUUCUGAUAAUUCGGUGAGUGAUUAUAGUAAGAAGCAAGGACAACCAUCAAAUUAUUUAAAGCCUCCUAAAGAGUUAACAAGUCAUGAAAGAGAUUCGGCAUUAUUGCGUUACAGAGAGAAGAAGAAAACAAGAAGGUAUCACAAGCACAUCAGAUACGAAUCACGAAAAGUUCGCGCAGAAAGCAGAAUGAGAAUUAAGGGUCGGUUUGUGAAAGAUGAAACACAAAAAUAAUAGUAAAUUAUUACUAGUAGCUGAUUAGAGCUAACUGAUGUGCACCUAAGAAGACAAGUGGUGAGUACAAUAGAAAGAGACAGAAGAAAAAUAAGCCUUAUAAGCAUUGGAGUGUUAUGUGAUUAAGAGGAUGAAAGCAAUUCUUUUGUGUAUAAUUUAGCCCUUUUGUACGUGAUUAAAUGGAAUGAGCGGUGGGCAAUUUUGAUUGCUACAAAGUUACAGAUCUUCAAAUUUACGUUCUGUGUGAUAAGAUUGCUGCCUUCUCUUGACUUCAUAUUUUACCAAUUUUAGGCUUUGAUGUAAGGUAUAAAGUAUUCUAUGCAUCAAUAUGAUAGUGCAGAAAAUCCAUCCUUGUGAGAUUUCUACAAAAAGUACAAAACAACUGUAUUGGGUUUUGGGUACAAGAAGACGCCCAAAUCUUAUGCAAACCAAAACUUCUUCUUUUCCUUCCUGUUACUUUAGAGGCAUAAUUGAUUCUAUUA